UCUCUGCGCGCCCCUCUUGGAUGUAGGGGUCUGCCCUCCCGGCUGCACUCCGCCUUGCUUUGGGGCGCCGGAGCUCUUUGUAGGAAGAUCUUGGGGGCGCGUCCCUCAGGGCUUCUGAGAGGCCCUUCCCACCAGCCCUCCCCAUGUCUACUGCGCCGCCAGAAGCCCCCUUUAAGACCCCCGGGAAGGGAGGACAACGGUGCGUGCCCUGGGCCCGGCUGAUAGGGGUCGUGCCGCCUCGGGCCAAGAGGCUUCACGCCCCGCUCCGGGACAGGUGUGUGGGGCGAAGCGGCCUCGACCCUCGGCUGGAAUCCGUGAGGACCAGUCAUCCAGCAUGUUCUGCCCACCCCACGCCGAGGCGCACUGACCAUGAGCCUCAACUCCUCCCUCGGCCACAGGAAGGAGCUGAGUAACCUCACCGAGGAGGAGGGUGGUGAAGGGGGUGUCAUCGUCACGGAGUUCAUCGCUAUCAUUAUCAUCACCAUUUUUGUCUGCCUGGGCAACCUGGUCAUCGUGGUCACCUUGUACAAGAAGUCCUACCUCCUCACCCUCAGCAACAAGUUCGUCUUCAGCCUGACCCUGUCCAACUUCCUGCUCUCCGUGUUGGUGCUGCCUUUCGUGGUGACCAGCUCCGUCCGGCGGGAAUGGAUCUUUGGUGUGGUGUGGUGCAACUUCUCCGCCCUCCUCUACCUGCUGAUCAGCUCGGCCAGCAUGCUCACCCUCGGAGUCAUUGCUGUCGACCGCUACUAUGCUGUCCUGUACCCCAUGCUGUACCCCAUGAAGAUCACGGGGAACCGAGCCGUGAUGGCACUUGUCUACAUCUGGCUUCACUCUCUCAUCGGCUGCCUGCCACCUCUGUUUGGUUGGUCAUCGGUGGAGUUUGACGAGUUCAAGUGGAUGUGUGUGGCUGCGUGGCACCGGGAGCCUGGCUAUACUGCCUUCUGGCAGAUCUGGUGUGCUCUGUUCCCCUUUCUCGUCAUGCUGGUGUGCUAUGGCUUCAUUUUCCGCGUGGCCAGGGUCAAGGCACGCAAGGUGCACUGUGGCACCGUGGUCAUCGUGGAGGAGGACGCCCAGAGGAAUGGGAGGAAGAACUCCAGCACCUCCACCUCCUCUUCGGGCAGUAGGAGGAACGCCUUUCAGGGUGUGGUCUAUUCGGCCAACCAGUGCAAAGCCCUCAUCACUAUCCUGGUGGUCAUCGGUGCCUUCAUGGUCACCUGGGGCCCCUACAUGGUUGUCAUUACCUCGGAGGCCCUCUGGGGGAAGAACUACGUCUCCCCGACCCUGGAGACCUGGGCUACCUGGCUGUCCUUUACCAGCGCCAUUUGCCACCCCCUGAUCUAUGGACUCUGGAACAAGACAGUUCGCAAGGAACUACUGGGCAUGUGCUUUGGGGAUCGGUAUUACCGGGAACCGUUUGUGCAGCGGCAGAGGACUUCCAGACUCUUCAGCAUUUCCAACAGGAUCACAGACCUGGGCCUGUCCCCACACCUCACGGCGCUCAUGGCAGGCGGACAGCCCCUGGGGAACAGCAGCAGCACCGGGGACACCGGCUUCAGCUGCUCUCAGGACUCGGGAACAGACGUGAUGCUGCUCGAGGACUACACGUCUGAUGACAACCCUCCCUCCCACUGUACCUGCCCCCCCAAGAGGAGGAGCUCCGUGACGUUUGAGGAUGAAGUAGACCAGAUCAGAGAAGCUGCCAAGAACCCUAUUCUUCACGUGAAGGCCGAUGUGCACAAGUCCUUGGACAGUUACGCAGCCAGCUUGGCCAAAGCCAUUGAGGCUGAAGCCAAAAUCAACUUAUUUGGGGAGGAGGCUUUGCCCGGGGUCUUGAUGGCAGCACGGACCGUCCCAGGGGUCGGCUUUGGGGGCCGCCGAGGCAGCAGAACCCUCGUGAGUCAGAGGCUCCAGCUGCAGAGCAUCAAAGAAGGGAACAUUUUGGCUGCGGAACAGAGAUGAGGGCCUCAGGGUGGACUGUCCUUCGGAGGGGUGCCCGUUACCGUCUCUGCCGCGGCCUUGGGAGCGUGGGGAAGGAGCAACAUCUGGUACGCAGUCACCAGAAAAAACACUGAAAACCGUGUCUAUAGUCCCUGACUUCAGAGUCUGUGGUGCGACCAGAUGUGGCCUUCUUGUGGGUCCCAGUGAUAGGAUCAGAGGCAUCUAAAUCACACAGAAAAGCAGAUGAAGGUGUGGCCAUGACUUUGGGAGGCGGGGCACGGAAGGGGACUAGAGACUGUGGCUUGGAAGGAAACUGCUGUGUGGGUCAUUUCCUCUUCUUCACAACCUUUGUCCUGGGAAUCAGCCAUGCACUGUCCAGAGGCCUCAGGAGUGAGCCCUUCCCAGCGCACUCUGGAGGAUGGCACUUCUUCCUGACAAAACAAGAGCAUCCCCCCGGCUUCUGUGUGGUAGACGCAGGCCGUGUAGGGCCAUCGGUUCUACCGUCAAUGGCCCCAGAGGAGCACCCAGGAGCAGAGCACCCCAGAUCGAGUUCCCCUGUCUCAAGUUCUGGUUAUGACCUCGCCUUUGUUGGAGUCACAUGCUGGUGCUGGUAGGGGCAGCUCACAGGCCACUGGGUGGAGGUGACAGGCCUGGGGCUACUGUUGCUGAGGAUGAGACCUACCCUGCCCACCUCCCUAUUGACUGAUUCUUUGAUAUUUAAAAGAAGGGAGAAACCACUAUAAAAGACAGGAGGAAGGAGCAGAUACCAGAUAUUUCAUUGCCAGAAUUUUUAAAAAACCCAUUUGGUUAGGACACACCAUGAUUUUACCAAGCCCAAAAAGGGCCGUGAUGUGAAACAGGAUGUAGAGACACUGUUAUCCCUGGAGGGAAUCCCCUUCACAUAGGAAAACCUCAUCGAAUAGAUUCUGUUUUGUGAUCUUUGCUUGACCAGUUAGAAUAGCUGGCCUCCUGUUCCACAGGCGAUACUCCCGCUCCUCUUCUACGCAUGUCGUUUGAGACUUCUGUCACCUGUCUAGGCCAUCUGGAAAAUGGGGUAAGGGAGUGGGGAGUUGGAUUGAAUGGUCUCCGAGAUUAUUUCCAAGUCUGAUCUUCGAUUUCCUCUGAAUUUCUAAGUUGGAGAUAGAAAAAAAAGGACUCAGGGACCAAUGUUUGCUCAGCUUUUGAGUGGUUUCUAAUGGGCGUAUGAAGCAUUGCAGGCCCAGGUCUGUGGGCUGGUCCGGCUUGUCUGUUAGAGCACUUCCUGAUGGAAUGCCAACCACCGAGAUGCGGAGACGGUGGAAGAGGGCACCUCCGCAGAGGUGGACCCAGGGAUGUGAUCUGUGGGUUAGCCCGCUCCCCUCUCCCUUCUGAGUCGGAACCGCAGGUGAAGUGUGGCUUCACCGGAGCAGUGGCUGUGGUGACUUGGAAGCUGUUGAAUUGCCUGUGUCUGCCCUGCAGCCCUGGUGAUGAGAUGAGCGAAGUGCGGGACUUUCCCUGCCUUCAGAAUUCCAGGUGGUCAGCAGAGGGUAGGUUCCAGGGAGAUCCUGCUGUGUCUGUUACAAGGCAGCUACCCCAGAAAGUGAAUUACCUUUGUGGUGUUUGCUUUGAGGUCUAGCUAGUCCUGGUGAGGCAGCGUCUUUUCGCUGUGUGGCAGAAACCAGUGGUUGGCUGGUGCCCUGGUCUGCAGUUUACAAAAGACUUUUCCUGAGGUGUGGGGGCCUGCUACCUUCAUGGUGAUCAACAACUAUUCAGGGUCAGCUGGCUGCCAGGCACUGGUUUAGGUUCUGGGUGGGAGUGGGAAGGAGCAGACGGCUUUUCCAGAGGAGCAGAGGGCGGUUUCACCUAUGGGUUCUGCUGAUGAGAUGUGCGGGUCAGAGAGACUCUGCUGUCACUACUGGGUGUCCUUCCUAAAUCUGAGGGCAUGUUUUCUGUGUGUAUAUAUUUUUUCCUAGCACUUGUCUAGUUUCUAAAGGGACCAUAUUCCUGAUCAACUAGUAUGCACAGAGCUGGAGUAAGGCAGAGAGACCUUGACCUCUGGGCUGGAAUGACCUGAGAAGGCUCCCCAGUGAGGCCUUGCUGCGUGCAGCACACUGGCUUGGACCCCAAGGGUUGGAGAGUGCUGCCCCUGGACCACACCAGGCUGGGCUCCAGGGAAAGUCCUGAGAUCACUAGUCCCCACUGGCUGAUCCCAGACAAGUGGGAUAUACUAAGAUUUAAUCUAAGCUUACCUAGAAAUACUGCACUUCACAAAAGGCUUCACUGUGUUUCCCUUUUUCUACUGAGGUCCAUUCAUUUAUUCAUCUCCGAGACACCACACAUCCACUGUGUGCAGAGCACCAAGCUGGGCUCUGUGAGCAGUAACAUUACAGUGUUGCCCUCUAAUUGAGGGAGAGACCUAGGGGAUGCUGAUGCUAAUAAAUAAUAGCAAAGUCAAGUGAUGAUUAUAGAACUGCAGGCUCCAGAGGGAGGUGAAUAUGCUCAGUUGGGCGAGUUAAGUGUACCUCAGGAAGUUGGUGACAAUUGGAGCCAACCAUGGGAGGAUGUUUGGCAGCUAGAACCAUAUUUUGCAUAUUCAGGAAUUCAAAUUCGCCUUGUUUGAGCCUGAGUGAGAAUGAGAGAGAAAGGAGAGCAAGAAGGAGGUGGGUGGGCAGAGGAAAAGUAGAUAAUCCCAUACAUUCUGAAGUUUCUGAGAGGCCACCAGCCCCAGGCCCACUCACUUUAUACUGCUGUGUGGUGCAGCCUGAGGCCUUCCUCAGGGGACCACAUGGACAGUGGCAGGUAGACAUUUGGCCACUUGUUGGCUUCAAUACCUCAGUCUUGUGCCUCCUGGUUUUGCAGGUUUAGGGCUGUUGCACAUCUCUGCUUCUUUCCUCGAGAUUCCCGCCUGACAGGGUCCCUGUGCUGUGCUCCAGAUAACCAGGCUUGGGGACUACUGCACACACAGCUCCACACCCAGUCUCUUCCUUGGCCAGAGGUGCUAAGAUUGGAGUUCAGGGCCCUGGACACCAGGGGGCAGCAGUGUGACCGUGAUGCCACUGGCAGUUCCUGAGAGAGAAGAGCUGAGGGUAAACCUGAAGGCUUUUUUGCUUCUGGCAGAGACCUCCUGCUCUGAACUCCUUUGUCUCCACUGCAGUCCUCAGCCUUGAAAGGACCACCCAGCGAACUGCUUACACGUGUGACCCCACUCAGGGUCGCAGGUCCUGCCACUGCUCAGCUGUGUGAUCCUACGUAAAUCACCCCGUAGAAGCGAGGUGGAGGAAUGUAAGACAAGGGCCCUGUGGUGCGGAUGUUCUGAUUCUCAUUUAAGGAGCUGCUGUGUAGUCUCUCUGCAGAGAACUGAGCAACCAGAGACUCACUCGGUGUUUGCCAUAGGCCAAGGCAGUCUGGAGGACAGGAGAGGGAGGAAGAAUGCUUUGCUACAAUGAGAUCUUACCAGCCUGUCCAGAUUUACUAUAUGGGUAUCUUUCCACCCUAACAGUAUAUCCCUGAGAUCCUUGCAGAUUAGAGACAUGUCUCUGGAUGGACCUCAGGACAGACAAGUGUCAAGCGUUGAGCCCCGGCUAUCUCCUGUCUGGAAGAAACUGUGGGGGUGAUGUGGCCACAAAAGGGUGAGGCAAGGAACUAGCAUGUAUUGAGUGCUUACUGUGUGCCUGACCUGUUAGGACAUUUGAGUGCCUGUUGUGUGCUAGGCAUUAGUUAGGUGCUUCCAAAUGCUUUCUCCUUUCACAGCAGUGCAGAUGUGAUGGAGUGGGCCUGGUGCAGGCUUUGGUGUGCUAAGUUCUGGGUUCAGAUCACACGCUGCCACUUAUUAUAAGCUAGGCGUUCUUGGGCCAGUUACUCAAUCUUUCUGCAUCACAGUUUUCUCAUCUAUAAAAUGAGAUUUUGUAGUCUAAUUCUAUGUGGGGCCACAGAAUCCAGGGGAGCCUCCCCCAUAGGUGAUGAUGUGGGUUAAAACAUCCAGCACAGCACCUGGGGUGGAGCUGAUGCUAAGCCACUGCUGUUUCUUCUCAGUAACUCUGUGGAAGAGUGUAUCACUCUUGUUUUACAGGGAUCUCCAUGACGAGAAGUAAGAAUCUUGAAAAGAUAACUGUUAUCCUAGAUAGCAGGUAUUGGAGGUUGUUGCCAUGGGAAUUGUCAUGUUUGCUGUACAGCACAAAGGAUCUUUUUUUGGGGAAAGAAGGGAUGAGGUGAGGAAAGGGACAGAGAAGAUGGAGGAAAGGCUAAGGAGCAUCUGGAAUUCAAGAGGUCUGAGGGAGCAAAAAUAAGCUUUUCUACUAAUGGCUGUCAAAGAUGAUGGAACCCCGGGGCCUGGUGUAGAGCCCCAAUUCAGCCUUGACCUCUCUUACAGCCUAGAAGGGACGCUCUCCCUGAGAUGUGCCCUGGGUGCUAAGGACAGCUCUGUCCUGCAGUGACAGUGUCUGCUUGCCUCUGGCUCUUGGAUUCACAUAAUCUCUGAUCCUUUGAGCCCCUGAGGGAAGAGGCAGUGCAGGGACAGGAGUCCAUGCUACUCCCCGAAGUGGACACAGAACCCCAGGAGAAUCCUGUGGGAGAGAGAAGGGAAUCAGUUCUCUCCCUGAAGCAAAGGAAAGUGGCUGUGAGCACAGUUGUAUAUGACUGUAAGAGGGGGCAGAGCCAGACUGGGCUUCUGGGUUGGGGAGAAGGGACACACAGAAUCCAGGGAGGCCUAGGGAAGUGAAGGGAGUUGUCCAAGGUCUCAAAGUGCAUUAAGCCAGAGUCAGGGCCAAACGUCAGGUCUUGGCCAUGUGACUGAGAGAAGGCAGGACCCAGCUUCGGAGCUUGAGGACAAGGGCUAGUUAAAAGUCAUCGUUAUUCGAGACUAGGCCAGCUGGGCUUUAUCAGGUAGGUAGAAAGAACUAUUGUAAACCAAGGAGCUUGGGAGAUUGGAAUAUCCGCUUGCCAGACCUAAAAACUCCUGCAGGCCCAAGGAAAGUUAUUGGAUUCACUGGAAAGAAUUUAAAGCACAAACUCAAAUCUGCAUAAGAUAACCAAGAGCACAAUUUUGCUCAAUGUUAUUUUCAGAGCAUACACAUACACGUGUUCAUUUCUAUCAGACAGCGUUUUUCCUGAGCAGUAUUAAUAGGAAUUAGAAGCCACUUCUGUUUUUCCUUUUGACUCCACCAUUUUGAAAUAUCACAAAUCAUGGGCGAGUCAGCCCUCCCAGAGGAAAAGGCAGUCCUAGAGAGGACCAGAGUCCUGGGCAGGCAGGGCCACACUGCGUGUGCAGUGGAAAGAGCCUGUUUGCUUGGAAGUAGGUCUGUCAAUCAGUGAUGUGGACAUGCUUAAAUGACAGAGUCCUGUGCUGAUAAUGGACCCUUGGAUGCAAAAGUGGUUAAAAAAACCAACCUUCAAAACAAAACAAAAACAAGCUAAUCCUGAAAUAUAUUUCACUUGAAGUUUUUGGAAGAUUGUUUUAAAGAUAAAAAAAAUGUUUAGGAUUAUUAUAAACCAGUAUUUAUAACUAAGUAAAAGUGUAUUUAGAAUAGUUUUGUCUUUCUGAUUAAAUACCUGUUUUUGGUAUGUGUAUAGCUGUAGAAAUUGUGAAUUUGUACUCUGACUUGUGAACUGUGGACUUUCUUGGGGUCUCCCCCUUUACCCCCGUUUUUCACACCCACAUGCCUAUCUCCAGCCUCCCUUCCCAUGGGCUAAAAAGAGGAAGGAGACUGAGCAGGAAGGGGCCAAUUGUUGCCAAACUGCGGGGUGGGGAUGUCCAUACCACAGUCACCUGGGUACAUCCAUCCAUGCAUUUUUCAUAAAUUCCCCCAAGACAGAUUCAUGAAGUAUUGUUAAAUGACUUCUCAGCAUGACCAAGAAAUACAGAUCAAACACUCUUAACCCAAAUUUUUUAAAGGAGGUUUAAUGAACAGCAAUGCUCUAUCUCUAUAUGUCCAUCCCAUAACCAAAGUCAAAGGGUGGGUGGCAGGUUAUCACUGAGACUCAGAACAACUUCAAGGCACAAAACCCACUGCCUUUAUCUGACCCCUCACCUGCCACAACUGAAGUCAUAUUCCUUUUUCUGGGUGGGUAGGUGAGCUCUAGGGUCCCGUCGUUAACUUACUAGGGUCCCUUCCCCGACAGACACUGAUUCAUGGAAGCAGCCAGCACUUGUCCACUUGGCCUCUGUGGAAUGUGUUGUCUCUUUGCGGUCUCCUUGACUGCUUGUCUGGCCUGCCCUGCUCCUUUACAACAUGUAACACCAAAAUUCUGCAAAAUCGCUAAAAGUAGGGGACUUACUUAAUUCCUUUGACAAAUACCUUUUUUUUUUUUUAAGUAACAGUUUUAGAGUAGUUUGUUUCCAGCAAAACUGAGCAGAAAGUUCUGAAGUCCCAUAGAUCCUCUGUCCCCUCCCUAUCAACAUCCUGCAACAGAGUAGACAAAUACCAUUUUGAUUUUCUUCUAUUGUUUUUCCUGCCAAAGAGUUACUCUUUGACCCCACAGAGUCCUCCAGUAGCUUCUGCUCUGUCAGUUUGCCAACAGCUCUCUACAGCAUAUUCUUGCUACUGUGUUAUUACAGUGGAAGAAAUAAUAUAUUACAUGCUUACAGUCAUCUUUUCGGUUAUUCUGUAAAGCCCUUCAACUUACUUCCAUGGUUUCAUGUGGUCUCAACAUAGCCCCUGGGACAUAGGUGAUGCAAAUAUGAUUACCUCCAUUUUAGAGCAGAGGAAACAGAAGCCCAGAGAAGUCAGAUGGCUUGAGCAGGUCACAUAACUAACUGGGAACCAGAAACUAAGACCCUUGCCCUUUUCGGAAAUCAUACAGUUGCCAUAUUUGGCUAAAGCUCUGAUUCCUCUUCCCUUUGACCAUUUAUCACAUUUCCUAAUGUGGAUGUAUAUGUGCCCUGUCCAACUGAAGUUCCUGAGCCAACAGUAGAGUGAUUUUUCCUCUCUUCUUUGAAGAGCCAACCUGUCUUCUCUCAGCAGCAGGUGUCCCUGGGCUCACAGCCAUCUUGUGGGGAAGAGGAUCCCUAGUCUCUACAUGGGAGACGGAUGCUUUGCUUGGCUACACCUGUCAUGGGCCAGCCAGAGAGAGUAGCAGGACAGUUUAAGAGAGGGGUGGGGGUAGGACU